GUCGUAUCCGCAGCCGGCGGCAAGGCGGCGGACCACGGGCCAUCCAAGCCCGCAGCCGAAAGAGGCAAGGCGGUCGCCGAAUAGAGAGGAGCCACCUCAGGCGCUAGCCUGGGGAUGGGUUCCAGCGUCAGGGUGCCAUACUGCCGUCCGCGGCGAGGAGUGCUACGGGGCUGUGCUGUGGGCGUAUUUCACGGGGGUGCACACGAAACCCGAGUGGUACGAGGGGCUCUCGCUGGAAUCAACGUUCGAGGACUUCCAGGCGAAGAUGCACCGUGAUGGGAUCAACAACUGCACCAGGCCCUGCAAUACCUCCACGCGGCUUCUGGCUCAGCAGCCGUGGGGGAGUCCUUCGCUCCUGUGCUUCUCGGUCGCUCUCGGCGGAGAGCUGGAUCUCAUGCGCGGAAUGGUGUCCAAGCGCGCAGGCAUCUUUGACUGCGACGAGAAGACGGUCAUGAGCAAUUCGGUGGUGGACCUUGGAAUGGGAAUCGAGACCUCCGCCGUGGAAGUCGUGGACGGCGGCGUGGGACAGUCUGGCACCGUAGCCAACGUGCAGACCUUCAUCAACGCCUGGAGUGCCAUUCUCGCAGCGGCGCAUCAUUUGACCCACGACUUCACGGUCAAGGUGGACCCAGAUGCCGUGCUGCUCCCGUCGCGGCUCCGCGGCCACGUGCAGUCUUGGGCUGGGCGGAGCGUCUACGUGCCAAACUGCGACCACAGGGACAUUUGGCCGGGGUCCUCCGACUACCCCAUGAUGUACGGCGCGGUGGAGGUCGUCUCGAGGGGGGGGAUGCGGGUGUACGAAGAGGGCCACGGCCGCUGCAAGGAGGAGCUCGACUGGGCGCACUGGGGCGAGGACCUCUACCUGGGGCACUGUCUGAACAUGCUCGGGGUCGAGCAGGCGCUGGACGUGGAUCAGGUCCGGGACGAGACCUGCUGCCCCGGAGACCCCGGGCAGUGCCCCGACCGCAAAGAUUGCACGGACACGCAGGCCGCCGCGUUCCACAAGUUCAAGUCCGUCGAGGCGUGGCUGGACCUGGACUGCUGGGAGCAGGCGAGCGGGCAGACCACAGUGUGGAUGCAGUGA